GAGGCAUGCUAAGUACAGUUUGACGACAAAGACUGCUACGCAUAUGCAGUCUACCAGCGAAAAUGAGACUUGGUGCCCGGGUCCAUCUCUGUGGAGCUUGAUUGUUGAGCAUGUCCCACGGUCUGAGAUGCCCAAGAUCCACGCAACGCUGGGCUGCUUGCUGGUUGACACAUACACAGAGCUCCACGCAGAGGCAAUCAUGUGGCACAAAAUAUGGCAGGAUGGCCAGCAGGUUGCGGCUCCGCUCCCCCGACCGAGAAGCUCCUUGGCCGACCCGCCGGUUAUUAAGGAGCUGGUGAGGGCCGAGGUUAAGAUGCUGCUGGAAAAUCUCCAAGAAAAAUUCAUUCGGGAGGGAAGGCACGAUGAGGAGUUUUUAAGUCGUUACAACGAGAAGACUGUCAACUUUGCCCUGGGUCGCCUUGAAAUUCGUGCCGAGCCCGAAGAUAAACUCAGGUCUUCCAUGAACUCAAAUGCUGAAGGAGAGAUUGAGGCUUUGAAGGACAAGCUAAAUAUCACUGACAUCGACAAAGUGGUGCAACAUCUUAAGUCGAUUCUGACUGAAGAAUGUGCCACGCUAAAAACCCAAGUGAAGCACAUACAGGAAAUGAUCAAAAAGCAGUGCAGGAUUCAAAGUGAAAGUUUCGAUAGUGAACCGACCCUUGCAGAGUUGAAAGAAUUGAGAGGAGCCAUUCAAAAAGAUUUUCAGCUUUUCCCCUCGCCUCCGUUGCAUGUCAGAGAAAAAGCAGUGAAGCCACCAUUCAGAACUGCUUUCUCCAAUCACAGUCUCUCAACAGCACAAAGAAGCUCUGAUAAAUCCUUGUCCACGUUAACUUCCACAUCCCUCCGAAGGCCGCGUCCUCCCUCCACUCCCCCUCACACGAACAUUUGCGGCCCUCUAAACCUGAUCGACGACUCGGAGACCACCUCAAGGACUUCUCAUCAGCACAGAAAUGCCUCGUCGGCUUCCCGUCACAGGAAAGUCCGUCUUAAACUCGUAUCCAACGAGUCGGUUGUAACGGAGCCUUCGCUCCCAGUGGAAGAUGACUCGGAUUUCUUCUGGCAGCUCCUCACAACCCCUGAUAGCUCACCUUUCUUCCCCUCACAGUAUCUCCAACCAGGGUAGCAAGAGUGAUUUAUGGACUUUAAAAAAUCAAAGGUAAAAUUGCAGCUACAGUCAAAACGGGCUUAUCACAGAACAGAUGGGAACCAGUGGCGAAGUCGAAAUCAACAGUGUUGGUUUCCUUGUGUACUCAACAGCAAAUGUGGACAUCUCAAGUGUUUACAGCAAAGUUACUCCCCUAAGAUUGAUAAAUCAGCCACUAGACUGAUGUCAACUAAGAAUUUUCUUUAGAUUUUUACUAAAGGUGUGAUUGUUCUGAAGAACAUAAAUUAUUGUAUUUCUAUUACUACUUUAUUACUAGAUUAUUACUGUUUUAUUACUGUUUUAUCACAUUUUUUUCAAGGGAGACACAUACAAACAUUCUUAUUUAAGGAAUAAUCUACAAUAAAUAGUAUUUUCAGUCCCAAAAAAAAAAAGAUGCAUAAACUAACAAUUAUGAUUCUCCUCUACCAAAUUAGUUGCCUGCUAUAGUCCCAAGACUGGGGCAUCCAGACGAGUAAAAGAGGAAAACAACUGAAGAAGCUUGGCUAACUCUUGAGUUUACAAUGUUGAUAAACAGGUCCUCUGAGAGUUUACCAAAUUUUAUGUUAUAUUAAAGGGUAUGUAGCGGCAAAGGGGGUGUGAGACAUCAAUAGAACCGUUAUGUGCCAAGAUAACAAAUAUUGAUAAAGUUAACAAAAAAAUCAAUCACAUUAAUGAGCAAUUAUCGAAAAUAGAUGGAAAAUGACGAACAUUUCCGAAAGUGUUCCGGAAACAGCCGAAUGGGGCGGUAACGUCACGACAAGCGAUUGACAGUCGAGGCGGAGCCAGGUGCCGUUGUUUUUUAACGACGAGAGAGUAGCGUUGGGGUUUGUUUGACCAAAACAUCACAAAAAUGGUUCAAAACUGCUGUGCUAUGUGGUGUACAAAUAGUUAUUUAUAGGAAUAUAGUAUCCAUGAGUUCCUGAACGCGAAAAAAAAAGCUGGACUACACAGAUAAUGGGUAAAGUCCGUCGGUGCAAAGAGUACUAAUUUUCUAGACACAGCCUCCGGCACGCUUUUCUGUGGUGCGCAUUUUCCACCUGAAAGCUUCUCGAACUAUGGACAAGAGAAAUCGGGUUUUGCUAAAAGAUUGCUGCUCAAAGGAGAUGCGGUGCCAACCAUACAGGCGCAGCCACCUAAAUGUCCCGAGAUAUCAAGAAAGAGGACGAUGACUGGUAAAGGAGGCUAAAGCUAAGCAAAGGAGGGGAGCAGCCAAGCUCGAAAUGGCCAGAGUGAGUACUCUUUUAUAAUAGAAAAAUGUCACGCAUUGGAUACAGGACUGGACACAUGUAUAAAUUAUCGUUCAGAAAAUAUAUAGAACAAAUCCUCUGAUCCCAUUCAUAUUUGUGUCUGUUGGC